AUGAGAGAGCUCGUCAACAUUCCACUGGUACAUAUUCUCGCUCUGGUUGCCUUCAGUGGGACGGAGAAACUUCCAAAAGCUCCUGUCAUCACUACUCCUCUUGAAACGGUGGAUGCCUUGGUUGAAGAGGUGGCUACUUUCAUGUGUGCAGUGGAAUCCUACCCUCAACCUGAGAUUUCCUGGACUAGAAAUAAAAUUCUCAUCAAGCUCUUUGACACCCGGUACAGCAUUCGGGAGAAUGGGCAGCUUCUCACCAUCCUGAGUGUGGAAGACAGUGAUGAUGGCAUUUAUUGCUGCACAGCCAACAACGGUGUGGGAGGAGCAGCUGAGAGUUGUGGCGCUCUGCAAGUGAAGAUGAAACCUAAAAUAACUCGUCCUCCCAUAAAUGUAAAAAUAAUAGAGGGAUUAAAAGCAGUUCUACCAUGUACUACAAUGGGCAACCCCAAGCCCUCAGUGUCGUGGAUCAAGGGAGACAAUGCUCUCAGGGAAAAUUCUCGCAUUGCAGUUCUUGAAUCUGGGAGCUUAAGGAUACACAAUGUACAAAAAGAAGAUGCAGGACAGUAUCGCUGUGUGGCAAAAAACAGCCUUGGGACAGCGUAUUCCAAACUGGUGAAGCUGGAAGUGGAGGAAGAAAGUGAACCUGACCAAGAUACUAAAGUUUUUGCCAGAAUCCUGCGGGCUCCUGAAUCCCACAAUGUCACCUUUGGUUCCUUUGUGACUUUGCGCUGUACAGCAACAGGCAUCCCCGUCCCCACGAUCAGCUGGAUGGAAAAUGGAAAUGCCGUUUCUUCUGGGUCCAUUCAAGAGAGUGUGAAAGACCGAGUGAUUGACUCAAGACUGCAGCUAUUUAUCACCAAGCCAGGACUCUACACUUGCAUAGCUACCAAUAAACAUGGAGAAAAAUUCAGUACUGCAAAGGCUGCAGCCGCCAUCAGCAUAACAGAAUGGAGUAAACCACAGAAAGAUAACCAAGGCUACUGCGCCCAGUACAGAGGGGAGGUGUGUAACACAGUCCUGGCAAAAGAUGCUCUUGUUUUUUUCAACACCUCCUACGCGGACCCUGAGGAGGCCCAAGAGCUACUGGUUCACACUGCCUGGAAUGAACUGAAAGCAGUGAGCCCACUGUGCCGGCCAGCUGCUGAGGCUUUGCUGUGCAACUACAUCUUCCAAGAGUGCAACCCCGGAGUAGUACCUACUCCUACGCCCAUUUGCAGAGAGUACUGUGUGGCAGUAAAGGAGCUCUUCUGUGCAAGAGAAUGGCUGGCGAUGGAGGAAAAGACCCUCAGAGGACUCUUCAGAUCUGGGAUGCAGCUGCUCUCCGAGCCAGAAUGCGGCAAGCUUCCCAGCAUGCACUGGGACGCCAGGGCCUGUACUCGACUUCCGUAUUUAGCAUUCCCAUCAAUGACAUCCUCAAAGCCAAGUGUGGACAUUCCAAAUUUGCCUUCCUCCUCCUCUUCUUCCUUCUCUGCCUCACCUACUUACUCCAUGACUGUAAUAAUCUCCAUCAUGUCCAGCUUCGCCAUAUUUGUGCUUCUCACCAUAAGUACUCUCUAUUGCUGCCGAAGAAGAAAAGAAUGGAAGAAUAAGAAAAGAGAAUCCGCAGCAGUAACCCUUACCACACUGCCUUCCGAGCUCUUGCUAGACAGACUGCAUCCCAACCCCAUGUACCAGAGGAUGCCACUCCUUCUGAAUCCCAAAUUACUCAGCCUGGAGUAUCCAAGGAAUAACAUUGAAUAUGUGAGAGAUAUCGGAGAGGGGGCAUUUGGAAGGGUCUUUCAAGCAAGGGCCCCUGGCUUACUUCCCUAUGAACCUUUCACCAUGGUGGCAGUAAAGAUGCUCAAAGAAGAAGCCUCGGCAGAUAUGCAGGCCGACUUUCAGAGGGAGGCGGCCCUCAUGGCUGAAUUUGACAACCCUAACAUCGUGAAGCUCUUAGGUGUGUGUGCCGUGGGGAAGCCUAUGUGCCUGCUCUUCGAGUACAUGGCCUACGGCGACCUCAAUGAGUUCCUGCGCAGCAUGUCGCCUCACACCGUGUGCAGCCUGAGUCACAGCGACUUGUCCGCGAGGGCUCCCGUCUCCAGCCCUGGGCCGCCACCCCUCUCGUGCGCCGAACAGCUCUGCAUCGCCAGGCAGGUGGCAGCCGGCAUGGCUUACCUCUCAGAACGCAAGUUCGUCCACCGGGACUUGGCCACCAGGAACUGCCUGGUGGGUGAGAACAUGGUGGUGAAAAUUGCGGACUUUGGCCUCUCCAGGAACAUCUACUCGGCGGACUACUACAAAGCUAACGAAAAUGAUGCCAUCCCGAUCCGCUGGAUGCCCCCCGAGUCCAUCUUCUAUAACCGCUACACCACUGAGUCCGACGUGUGGGCCUAUGGUGUGGUCCUGUGGGAGAUUUUCUCCUAUGGCCUGCAGCCCUACUAUGGGAUGGCCCAUGAGGAGGUCAUCUACUACGUGCGGGACGGCAACAUCCUCUCCUGCCCUGAGAACUGCCCCUUGGAGCUGUACAACCUGAUGCGUCUGUGUUGGAGCAGGCUACCUGCGGACAGGCCCAGUUUCACCAGCAUCCACCGAAUUCUGGAGCGCAUGUGUGAGAGGGCAGAGGGGGCUGUGAGGGUCUGA